AUAAUAGUUGAUGAGACGGACAUGUCGAGUGGCCAGCUGACCUCUCGUGGUGUGCUCAACUGUCGUGCGCUGACGAUGUUGGCAACCCAACGCAAACUCACCUACGAUUUCCAGUUCUACAGUCAGGACUGGGACAGUGAUGUACGUGUCCUCCUCCUCUCAACUUGCGCCUCAAUCAUCAGGGACAUCGUGAACGAACCGCGCGGUCAAGAAUAUUUUAACUACGAUUAA